AUGGAUAAACUGACAGAACUCGUACUCAAUGGACAGGACGAAGCGGCUGAUGAGGAAGCUAAUGGCCAAUUAGAUUGGAUUCUUGCUGGAAUAAUUUGCAUCAUUUGUGUCGCCUUCCUGGUUAUUGCAGUCAAAAUUUGUUAUAAUUAUUCGAAAAAAUUCCCGGAAACUGCAGAUAAAGAGCACGAAACGAUCGACAACUUCAAUAGAAGAGCGAUCUCGACGAAGGGAACACGAGGCCACGUCCGCUAUUCAGUUGCUUAA